AUGCGAGCUUGGAUAAACUGCUCACAAAAAUUUUGGGAGGUGGAGGAUAUUCCAGUAAAGCUGGAAAAGGAAUCCGACCUGUUUUCUCAAUUUCUUCGAAACGAGAAUCGUUUGGCAAAAAAUGCCCCCCUUACGGAGCAGUACGAUGCGGUGAUCCAGGAAUAUCUGGACUUAGGUCACAUGCGACAAGUCCCUCUAAGCAAUGGUUCGGAUAACUACUAUCGACCACACCAUGCUGUUCACAAGCCUAACAGCACCACGACCAAGCUCCGCGUAGUAUUUAACGCCUCCCACCCGUCAUCGAAUGGUAAAAGUCUGAACGAUGUGCUACAUGCAAGGCCCGUUCUGCAAUCCGACUUAACCAUUCAAAUUCUAAGAUGGCGCUUCUUCCGAUAUGUCUUCAAUGCCGAUAUCACGAGAGAGUUCUCAGUUGAGAGUGAUUGA